AUGGGAUUCCGGGAUAUGUCUAUUUCGAGGUCAGGAACAAGCAAAGCUCCGACUCCCACACAGUUAAUGCUAGUGGACAACUGCACUUUGUAUUUGCAGGAAUUAUCGAACGACAACUCCAACCACAAUGACUACACGCGCGACGUGCCCCUGUACGAUGCACUUAGCGCUGGCUGCACGAGCGUUGAGGCCGAUGUGUGGUUGCAUAGCGAUACGCUGCGCGUUUCGCAUACUGACCCUGGCAACAGCGGGCCAACUAUCCAGGACUUAUAUAUCGACCCUCUGGUUGCGCUGCUAAAUGCGCAGAACUCCGACAGCGGCGAUUUGAAGGGUAUCUAUCCCAAAAAUAGCAGUCAAUCGCUCGUUCUGCUUGUCGACUUCAAGAGCGACGGCGAAUCCACCUGGGACGCCGUCUUCUCCGCCUUGCAGCCACUCAGAGACGCCGGUUAUCUAAGUCACUGGGAUGGGUCCCAAUUCGUGUCAGGCCCCAUAACCGUUGUAGCCAGCGGUACUGCGCCCUUAUCCAAGGCAGCGAAUGACUCAGCCAAUCCUAGCCAUGACAUGUUUAUAGAUAGCCGCGUGAACGAGUCUCUGGAUGGAUUCAACACCUCCAACACCUACUACUCAAGCGCUGAUUUCGAGAGCGCCAUCACUAGCUCGGGCACAGCCCCUCUGUCGUCUUCGAAUCAGCGGAAGCUAACUAAUCAACUAAAUACAGCACAUGCGAAAGGGUUUCUUGUGCGAUACUGGGACAUUCCCAGCUCUGACUUGUGGCAGGAGCUGGUCGACGCAGGCGUGGAUCGGCUGAACGUUGAUGAUCUCGAAGCCGUGGCGGGAGUGGAUUUUCACUUAUCGUAG